AUGUCUUCGAUCAACCCUGGCCCGGUUCCGGACCCAAUAGUCUUCCCAGACUACCGGCUCCGCAGGCCUUUGCGGGUGCUGUCAACGCCAUCACUCUUAGCGCCCUACUUGCCCGCCAUCUUGAAAAGUGGACCUCCAGCUUUGGUGCAGCGCAUCAUCGCUAUACUGUUGCUCUUUAACAUUCGCUCUUUUCCCCUCUUUUGGCACAUCAGAGUAUUCCUGCCUGCUGUGUGGGCCAGGUUCAAAGCUAGACCUAGCAUUCAUCCUCUAUUGCCUUGGAUCUCGAGCAGCAAGCAUGCCACCACUCAGCCCGGGACGAGUCCUGCGCUCAGGUUGGAUGCGCUACCCCUCGGCAAAGACAUCUUCAACGAUGUGGAGACAUACACCUGCCGGGCAUGGCCAGAUGACUGCGACUGGAACCUGCACGUCUCGAACAGCGCAUACAGUCGAGCUCUGGACUACGCUCGCAUGUCCUUCCUCAGCUCCCGCAUCCUACGCUUCCACUUCGAUGGAGGCUGGAUGGCCUUGGGCGGAGCAGCCUUGACCUUUCACAAGGAAAUCCCAUUCAUGGCAAAAUACGAGAUCCGCAUGCAGGUAGCAUCUUGGGAUGACAAGUGGUUCUACGUGCUGGCUCGCUUCGUGUCACCUGCCAAGGGACACGCCAGAACUCGACAAGCAGGAGUCAGGAAGCGGUCUAGAUCAGCUCAGAAUUUGAAGGCUAUGCUGAUCGACGUCGCACAGCCUCAAGGCAAGCCCCCGGUCAGGCCACCCAAGCCGGACGAGGAGCAAGAAGCUGGAUUGCAGGAGGGCGAAGUGGAGCAGAGCUUGGAGGGCCGUACCAUCUACGCCACGGCUGUGAGCAGGUAUUGUUUCAAGUCUGGCCGCAGAACCAUUCCACCUUGGCUCGUCGUUGCAACCUCCGGCUAUGGAACUUUUGCAUCGACGCGCUCCAACUGGGAAAGGGCUGAAGGUCUUCGACGCAACAUUCUCUCUCGCGAACAAGCCAAAUACCAGAGCAAGCAUGGCAAGGCGAUGCCGCGGGAUGGUAUCAUCGAAGGCGGUGGGCAUCGCAAGGCUGGCAUCAUGAGUGUAUACGAUCCUGCCAGAGCAGAAGGGGUCGGCAAGGAAGACAACAGGGGUCUAGGCGCUUGGCAAGACAAAGCCAGCUGGAAUUUGGGCGAAUUCGAAGAGCGAAGACUUCGAGGCUUGGAAGAGGUACGCACCAUUGUCGGAGGCGUGCUACCUUCGUCUGGCUCUGCUGCCUUGUCAAUCAGCCGCUCGUAG